GUUAAAACCACAGAAGAAGAAGAAGAUGGAGAAAUAUGACAGCCCUUAAAAGCUUGGUGUUAAACAAUGUGCCAGUCAGGAUGGGGCAGACCCUGUGUAUAUGCUCCCGUGGCUCCCUCACCAUUGAAAACAAAAAAUAUUACUUUAUCCAGAAACUAGACGAAGGGGGGUUCAGUUAUGUCGAUCUGGUAGAGGGGGCAAAGGAUGGGCGCUUCUACGCCCUAAAGAGGAUCCUAUGCCAUGACCGUGAAGGCCGACAGGAGGCUCAGACAGAGGUGGAGAUGCAUCAGGUUUUUAAUCACCCCAAUGUCUUGAGCCUGGUUGCACACACCUUUGUUGAUCGUGGAGGCAAGACUGAAGCCUGGUUACUUCUGCCUUAUAUUAAAAAAGGCAGUCUGUGGUCUGUUCUUGAGAAGCUAAGAGACAACAGGAGCUCGAUGCCUGAAAAACUGGUAUUGCAAAUCCUGCGUGGCAUCUGCUCUGGACUCAAGGCCAUUCAUGAAAAAGGCUAUGCACACAGAGACCUGAAGCCCACAAAUGUGCUUUUGGAUGAGGAUGAAAGGCCGCUUCUGAUGGACCUGGGCUCUAUGAACCGUGCUAGGAUUGAGGUUAGAGGAACCAGAGAAGCCAUGACUAUACAGGACUGGGCAGCCCAGCGGUGCACCAUUUCCUACAGGGCUCCUGAACUCUUCAAUGUUGAGAGUCACUGCAUUAUAGAUGAGCGCACUGAUAUCUGGUCACUGGGCUGUGUGCUUUACUGUAUGAUGAUGUUGGAGGGGCCGUAUGACAUGGUAUUUCAGAGGGGGGACAGCGUUGCCCUGGCUGUCCAGAAUCCAGUGACCAUCCCACAGUCUUGCAGUUACUCGGAGGGCCUGCAGAUGCUGCUGAGCUCCAUAAUGGUGUCAAAUCCCCAGGAGAGACCAAACAUCAACUGGGUUCUUGACCAGGUACACGACCUGCAGAGUCGCAGCCCCAACACCCAAACCAACAUGGUCUGAUCUUGCACGGUGCUCUGGAUGUGGGGUCUUGGAAACUUUUGCACAUAUAAAUGAACGUCUAUUAUUUUGAGCUUGAAAAUAUUUCUUUUAUUUAUUAAUUUUAUUGUAAAAGCCUAGGUGCAGACUUUCACAGCUUGGGAAGCUUGGCAACAGUUAGUUUGAAUGAUCCAUACCAGCCUGCGUAUCAUAGUAGUCUUGUAGUUCUUAUAGACUUGAUCUGAAGAAUCUGAGAGGCCUUAAAUAUAAUUUGACACUUCAUUAUAAUGCAUAUUGGUUUUAAUAAUUAAGUGGCUUUACCUCGUAUCCACUCUUAUGUCUGUCCGUUCAAUGUGAAGCUGGAGCCAGCAGCCUGUUAUCUUAGCUUAGCAUAAAGACUGGAAAGUUAGGGAAACUGCUAACCUCUGUCCAAAGGCAACAAAAAUUCGCCCUUCUAAAACUCACUGAUUAUCAUGAUAUAUCGUGUUUGUUUAAUCUGUACAAAAACCAAAAUGUAAAAACAACAAGUUGUGAUCCUGUUUUACUGUUUAGUUUUUGUGUGGCUUAGACAAACAAGACCGAACACGUUGAUUAGUGAGCUUUAGAGGCCGAUUUUGUUACGUUUGGACAAAGCCAGGCUAGCCGUUUCCCCCUGUUUCCAGUCUUUAUGCUAAGCUAAGCUAACCAGCUGCUGGCUGCAUCCAUAUUCGUAAAGAAAACGUUUUGUCUUAAAAUUGCAGUUUGCAUUUUUAAUAAGAAAAGGGAUAACAUAAAAGCUUUGCCAAACUUUCCGGUGGAUGAAAGCUACCUGAGUUCAAUACAUAUCAGAUUUCACUCCCUACCAAGAGGGGAUAUUGUCCAGUUCCCUUUAUUUUUUUUAAUCUUGAUUCCUGAGUUUUGUGUGUGUAACAUCUUGUGGUUACACAUGUGUGCUGUAAACAUCGAUAUACAACUUCGCCUUCAGCUUUUCUCCACACCUUCACUGGUACUGUUUGUCUCUACUGGGGGGAAAGCUAAGAGGCAGAGUGCUCCUCACCUGCAAUACUUCAUUUAAACACACAGAGGUGCUCCACCAUCACAGUCCCCUGCUCCACAUGUUUACCUGGUGAUGUUUCUGUCUGUACAGUUGAUAAUGCGUGAAUGGGCUCUUUGUAAAACACAACAAAGAGUGUAUGCUUACAUAAAAAGAAAAACGAAUCUUUACGGAGAAGGGGUCAGGUGUUACUGUAACUCAAACAAUAGAAAAUUAACUUUUAAUCAGUUUAAGGAAUUACUUCUUUUUAUUAAUUAAGUCAAAGUUAUUAUCAUAUCUGUCAUUGCCGUUGAACCUUCACUUUUUACUGUAUUGUGUUUUUAUACAGUAUUUUCCAUUUCAGCACUGCUUGUGUUAAAUUCUGGGUUUCCUGUCAUGUGUGAAUGUGGUCUCACACUUUUGUUCUCUCAGGGUAGACCUAAAGGGUACCUUUUUUUAAACUAUUAUUUAGAUAAAGUAAUACUUUGGGCAUUUAAGUUAAGAUGAAUGCUUUGGUGAUGUAAUGCAGUGAUAAUGAACCAUAUGAGAACUAAAAGAAGAAGAAAAAAGAAUCCUCAGUCAUUAACUUAUACAGUUAAUUGUUGGAAUGGUAAUUGGCAUACUGUUUAAAUAUAUUAUCUUUUAAUGCUCUUUAAUGCUAAAUUUUGAAAUGUCGGAUGACUAUGAAGUUUUGUGUUAUUGUUUAUGGUGAGCUAAUACUGAUAUCACGCAGCUGGUAAACUAAGGAAUUUUUUCAGUGUACUGAUGGAGUUGACAUAUUAUUAUAUUAAGUAAGAGUGUGUUAUUUGAUUGUGGGAAAUUCUGUUGAAAUUCUGUUUCAUCUCUUAUUCACUGCACAGUAAAGAUAAAUAAACAUUAAAUAUGUAGCACUGUAUACAGUUUUUAAUAUAAUUAUGAAAUAAAAUCGCAUCCUUCACUAAAAA